AUGAAGAAGCGGCUAUGGGUGAUAAUCCUACUGAGGGAGUCGGAUUUGCAACAGUGGCCGCAUCAGGUCGUUGGCUCUGAACUACUGCAGGAGGCGGAUGAGGUCCUGCUUGCUUCGGCUUUGAUGGUGGGGGAGGACGAAAAGGAGGAAGAAGAGGAGGAGGCGGCUGUACUGUUCUUGUGA